AUGUCGCGCCCUGAAGAUAUUCUCCCGCCUGAUCUCUUCUACAACGACAAUGAGUCCCGCAAAUAUACCACGUCCUCCCGUAUUCGGAAUAUCCAGGCCGAUAUGACCCAACGUGCCCUCGAAUUGCUCGAUCUCAAGUCUCCAUCACUCAUCCUCGAUCUCGGCUGCGGCUCAGGACUGUCUGGCGAAAUGUUGUCCGAAGUAUCUCCCGAAGAUGGUGGACCACACACAUGGGUGGGCAUGGACAUUGCACCCAGCAUGCUGGAUGUCGCCCUCCAGCGCGAAGUCGAGGGUGAUUUGUUUCUCGCAGAUAUUGGACAAGGCGUGCCUUUCCGUCCAGGUACAUUUGAUGCUGCCAUCAGUAUCAGUGCUAUUCAAUGGCUGUGCAACGCCGAGACCAGCGAUGUCAGUCCCGAAGGCCGCCUGAAGCGCUUCUUCGAGGGCCUGUACGCCAGUCUCCGACGUGGUGGGCGUGCCGUCUGCCAGUUCUAUCCUAAGAACGACAUCCAGCGCAGCAUGAUCAGCGGUGCGGCGAUCAAGGCUGGAUUCGGCGCUGGUAUGCUGGAGGAUGACCCUGGUACCAAGAACAGCAAGCUCUACCUGGUUCUGACGGUAGGUGGUGGUGGUCUUUCAGGCGAUAUCACCGGUGUCGUCAACGGUAUGGACGGCGUGAAUGUUCUGGACGCGCGGAGGAAGGCCCAGGAAAUGAACAAGGCGCGCGGUACACCAAGAAAGGGCGAUAAGGAGUGGAUCAUGAAGAAGAAGGAACAGAUGCAGAAGAAGGGCAAGGUUGUCAAGGCUAACUCCAAGUAUACUGGGCGCAAGCGACGCAUUGCAUUCUGA